UUGUAGAAUCGUCCAGUGACUUUAUGACCAGAUGGACAAGGCACUUGAACGACUGGCCCACUAGCAUUGAAGAAAAUUGCGUACAACAUCGUUUUCGAACUAAUGGUUCUCUUGGCAAUAGAGGGGCAUUUUUGAUCUUUUCGCUUUCAUUGCUUAUUAUCAGCCCUUCUCUGUUGCUCAAAUAUGUGCACACAGGUUUCGUCACCUGUUUGCAAGUUAGAAAUAACCCGACUAUCAAAGCCUUUGUAUGUUUUCGAAAGUUCCCGCGCACAUUUAAGGCGUUGUUUCUUUUGCUCCUCAGUGAGCAAAUGAGGUACCCACCUAGCGCAAACCUUUCUCAUGUCCAAACGCUUGUUCGGCAUUGUUUGUACACUGCCUUCUGAUAUGCAAGUACAACUGGUUGUAUUUUUCACCAACAAGCGCGCAUCCUGUUCGCCCAUAGCGUUUAUUGCAGCGAUGUUUGCCUUUGUAACAGAAGUCUAAGGCCUACCAGAAUGGGCACCAUCUUCGACAGAUAAUUUCCCUGCUUUUAAAGCUCUAACUCACCUAAAAACUGUGUGCAUUGAAAUGGCCUGAGGUCCAUAUAUAAGGACCCUUCUAUGAAAACAUUGAUCUUAAAGCAAUUCCUAAAGCGUCAUGCGUAUGGUUUCUAGUUCAGUGAUUUUUUUUUAAGAUAAGAUUUUAAAAUGUCCUUGGAGUAUUUCAAUUUUACUGGCAUCGGAAGUAUUGUAACUGUCAGAAGUACACGUUGCAACAUUUCAUUUGUUUAUUUCAUUACUUUAUUUUCGGGUUAGGCGUGAAAACUUUUAAUUUUUUAUUUACUUUUCAGUGAAGGCAAACAACUUCGAAAAUGAGAAAUUACUUUUGUAUUUUCAUUGUUUCUAUAGCGUUACAGCUAAUUUAUGCCCAGCAGUUGCAGAAAGUUCCAAGUAAACUGUCAGCACUUGCUGCUUUACUACAUCGUGACCAAGACAUUCAGACCGAAAUUAACAGACUUGCACGUGAUGGCCAGCAGGUUGCGAAUUCGUUCAAACGCAUGCUAGAAGCUGAUGGAAGUAAAAUACUCACGGAGAAAAAUCGACUUGUAAAGACGAGUAAUCCAACAGAGGUGAAAGUAGACGCUUUAAGAAAUACAUUAAAAGCAGCGAGAGAUUCUCUGAAAUCGGAACAUAGAGAUAUAAUAACACUAGAAAAUGACAUUCACAAAAGCAUAGAAACUUGCAAUGGUAGAAAGAAACACCAUGAUACGGAAAGGUUGGCUACAAAUCAAAAACUAGAAACAAUCCCAAAGGAAAUUGCGAUCUUAAAUGAACAGAUAAAGGCACAUGAUGACAGCAUAGGCGCGCUUGAUAAAAGCGCACGGGAUCUAGAUAAUCGAGCUGAAAAUCUAAGAUGGGCAGCAAGGCAGAAGACAGAGAAUAGAAUAAUAGGUGGUGUAUUUGGUGGUGUAAUUGGAGGAAUUGUAGGCUUUGCUCUGGCACCAUUUACAGGUUGGACAAGUUUAGCAAUCGCUACAGCUGCUGCUGGAUUUGGUGUUGGAGUAAAUCUAGAUGACGCUGAUGAUUGUAAUAGAAAUGCCCGACGUCUCAGAGAUGACGCGGCGUCUGAGCGGCGACAAGCACAAACCCUAAGAUCAGAACGAGGCACACUGGAGGUAGAGAAACGGACCUUACAAUCUGAGAUUAGUGCACUUCAUACAAGUUCAGGUGAACUACAACAGGCAGCUGACGGUGUGCACGAUGUAAGCAGAAGCCUUCGUUCAUCCGUCGACGAUAUCGUUGAUUUACUGCGAGCUAUUGGGGACAUGGAUACAGCGAUGAAAGAGGCAGAACUACAAAGCGACUUCUUUGUCAUAAUACAGAACGCGUUUGCUCGUAAUCCUGAAACUUUAGGAGCUACGUCACAGCCCUAUCUUGAUAAACUUAAGGAGAAGUGGAUACGACUGGAGAAAAUACUUGUGCAUCAUGGGGCCAAAGCCAGUCUGACAUAGAUGAGUGGAAUAUGCAUUUAUGUUAUUCAAUGUAAAAACACGAACAGGUCUCAGUGUGUAAGGUGGAAAAUAUAUCUUGUUUUUCGGUGUACUCUUUAAUAUGCUAUCGUUUUGUAAGAUGGAUAAGUCGUCCGGGAAUGCUCCCAGUGUAACGACGUUACUGUAAAUAUUACACUUUUGUUGUCUGUUGUAGGACAUUAGUGUGUUAAGAUGAGAAACAACUGAUUUUAUGAAGGCUACAUUCAUCGCAUAAAUGCCUUAUUUUUUGUAUUAUUUGACUUAUUUUCAAGUGUAUAAUUAUUGUUCAUUUAAAUUGUAUUAUGGUUAAAUUUUGUUUAAUAUAUGGUUCAUCUUAUACAUGUUACCAGGAAUGUUACCAGUCAUAAUUUAAUAUGUAUGGAAUAUAACUUACAAACUUCGUCAGAUGAAAUUGAAAAAAAUAUUUCAAUUCAUAUGAGAGCCAUAUUCUUUGUUUCUGAUGUUACAUUAUAGGGUUAGUAUAUAUAUCAUAACAUAA